GUGGUCCUAGUAUACUUUGUUGGGGAAGAAGCACAGGACAGGCAUCUCAACCUACAUAGGUAGCAACCUGGCCAUUCUCAAAAGAGGAUUGAGCAGUCGUUGCAGGAGGAUCAUAAUCUAGACUACCAGAGAGAGAGAGAAGUGAGUGAGUGAGAGAGAGAGAGAGAGAGAGAGAGAGAGAGAGAGAGAGAGAGAGAGAGAGUAGAUAGUUAGGUCUCAGCUAGCUCUUUUUCUCCCUCUAAGCUAGAUCUGUGGUGUUGGAAAGGAGAUGGGGAGAGGGAAGAUAGAGAUCAAGAGGAUCGACAACGCGACGAGCCGGCAGGUAACGUUCUCCAAGCGCCGGGGCGGGCUGUUCAAGAAGGCCAAGGAGCUCGCCAUCCUUUGCGAUGCCGAGGUCGGCCUCGUCGUCUUCUCCAGCACCGGCCGCCUGUAUCACUUCGCUAGCACCAGCAUGGAAUCUGUGAUUGAAAGAUACGAGGAAAGAGAGGGGCACCAUCAGACUAUGAGCGCAAGUGCUGAGGCCAAGCUUUGGCAAAGGGAGGCAGGAAGCUUGAGGCAGCAACUGCAUAACUUGCAAGAGCACCAUCGGAAGUUGUUGGGUCAGCAGCUCUCUGGCCUGGACGUGAGAGAUUUGCAGAAUUUAGAGAAUCAGCUGGAGACAAGCCUAAGAAAUAUUCGUCUAAAGAUGGACCAACUUAUUUUUUAUCAGAUUCAAGAAUUAAACAGGAAGGGAUACCUCAUGCACCAGGAAAACAUAGAACUACACAACAAAGUCAACCUUCUUCAUCAAGAGAACAUUAAAUUACGUAGAAAGGCGUAUGGACAAGGAGUAAAUGAGCAUCCAACAAGUACUACAGUUAGACACAGUAUUCUGAAUACAGAGAAUGAAGAUGUUCGGAUCAAUCUUGAGCUGAGUGUGCAAGGGGACAAAUCAGAAACACCAAGUAUAGGGUGAGAUUUUUGUCUAAACUUCAGGGCAAUUCAGAGUCAGUAAACCAGAUGAUUUAAGAAAGACCACUGAAAGUGCCAGAACGGUUCAAAUGCAAUGAGGAUAACUAAAACUGGGAGACCAGAAAUCUAUAUCAUUGGUUGAAUUGCAACACCUAACAGCUAAACUUUCAGCUGCUAUAUGCAGUAGUUUCUGUGUGAAAAAUGUUGAUUUUAAUUUAGCUUUUC